UCACUUUCGCUUUCGUUAUCCCGGUAGUCAACUUUUUGUAGGCUUGGACUUACAGGCUUCAGACCUUUACAUGACUUCUUCCAGUACUGUGAUGAUGUGACUGGCACUUUAUCCGCCGUCAUGGAUAAGGAAAUUUAUGAUUUGUCUGGAGGUGUUGAAAAUCAAGUUGUGCUGUUAUGUAGGAUCUCUAACAAACGCAGCUCUUCACACGAGUCAGUCAACAAACUCAGUUUCAAUUGUUGGGAUUUUGAGUAUAUCAAGACAAACAUUCCUGGUGCUGGCUGUGAAGCUGAUCUGUUCUCAGAGCAAUAUGCCGGAUGCUCAUGUGAGGGGACUUGCAGUUCUCAUUCCUGCUCAUGUUUACAACGUUUUGGCAGCCCCUAUACCAAGAAUGGAAAAAUUUGCAUGAACAAGCAGAAUAGUGAACUUUCCAAACCUGUUCUGGAAUGUGGCAACAGUUGCAAGUGUGGAACAGAUUGUCCAAGUCGGGUGGUUCAGAAAGGAGUUACCAGAAGUUUCUGUGUCUUUCCAACUGGGCAAAAAGGUUUUGGGUUGAAACUGCCUGAAGGUUUGUGUGAUAAUAAAAUACCAGCUUUCACUUUUGUUUGUGAAUAUGCCGGAGAAGUCAUUGGACACCAAGAAGCAAAAAAGAGGGUGUUAGAGAAUGAAAAGGGUAAAAAAGACAAUUACAUCAUCGCUUUACGAGAACAUGUUGGGGCACAAGAAAAAUGCACUUAUUUCGAUCCAAGUAAACUUGGCAAUGCAGGUCGGUUCAUAAAUCAUUCCUGUGAUCCUAAUCUCAUCAUGGUUCCUGUAAGAGUAAAUCACUCAGUUCCAAGACUGGCUUUAUUUGCCCGCAGAGACAUCAUGGCAGGGGAAGAAUUCACGUUUGACUACAGUGGGAAGUCUACCUUCUUCUCUACUUCUUUGAAGGAAGCUACACUGAGUAACAGUACGGGGACUCACAUUGGUUUAACUUUAAACGAGCCGAAUGUUGAUUCCAGGACUGUUGAUGAACCACCUGUGAAGAAAUCAAAAUUGUGUUCUCCUUCAAGCCUUGAACCCGAAGAUGUUGAAGAUGUUUACAACAACACAGAGGGGUCUGGUGUCGCAGCAGUAAGCCUUUCUGUACAAAAGCCUGGAGAUCCUUCACCUUUGCUACACUGCAGUAGGACAGUGGAAGUUUCUGCUGUCCCUGGGUCGAGUUCAAAUACCUGUUCUGAAGUGGACUCCCCCAAACAGGCAGAUACUUUUGUUGACUCUGAAAACAGUGGUCAUUUUAAGCUGUGCUUUUGUGGUAGUGAGAAUUGUCAGAAAUAUUUGCCUUUUGAUGAAAGACUUUUAAGUGAUGAAUAUUAAAAAUAUCAUAGUGAAUAUUUUUUUAUUGGUUUUAUGUAGAUGUAGUUGUAAAACUUUACCUAUAAAACCAACACAUACAAGAAGACACAUAAAAUAUGUUCUCACACACACACAUGCACACAUGGCAUGCAUUUGCAAGCUGUAGACUUUUAUUGAGUACAGUUGGGCAUGGAUAAUUCAAACUCAGAUAUGCCGGGGAUUAACACAUCCAUAAUUUGGGUAAAUCAAUCGUGUAAAGAAAAAUAAAGAGACAUUAUCAGUCAUGGAAUGGCAAAUUGUUCAAGCUAUCUGUGAUUUUGAGUUUUCAUUGGGGGUUUUUUUGUGUGUGUGCUUGACUGUACUUUAUCAAGUUUAGCACACACGCGCGCGCGCGCGCACACACACACACGUGCACGCGCACACACACACACACACACACACACACACCUAUCUGGAAUAGUACACAACUACAUUGUACUUUGGUGAUGAAGUCGUGAAGCCUGCUUGUGUGUGUGUUUAUGUUUAAGUUUAAGUGUGUAAUGUAUGUUGUGCGUUUGAGUGUUUGUGUGCAAGCAUAAAAAAGUAUGCUUUUUAAUUCCAUUGUUCUCUGGGCCCCAAUUAGGCCAAUAAAAAAGCUGAGUGAGUGAAGCAUCAAUCGUCUCUUUAUCAUUAGGGCCUAGUAUGCAAAAACAAGUCACCUCUAAAUAAAAAUAUUUCUACACCUUCACUCAAAAGUAGAACGAUAGUCAUUGCAACCUCAAUCGCAGUAUACAUCACCUGAGGUGUUUUCACAUAAAUCUGCUCUAUUCUAAAUGUUUCUCAAGGCAUGCAAAGAUACAUGUACUUAUUGAUAGAUUGGAUGACUAAUGACUGAACAUAUGAUGUACCAGUACAUGUAUUUUACACUUAAA